CUAUCUUUACUGAAAUUUCAUUUCAUCAAAAAAAUACAGCUUAUCAUACUAUGCCAAAAUUCACUAUCCAAGAUGUUCUCCCCCUCCCGCAUACUCCUGUAAAAAUCCCUCGAAUUGGUUUCGGUGUUUACCGGGAUCCCCCGAACCAAGCCGAAUGCGUUAAAAGCUGUCUCGCCGCCCUCAAAAUGGGUUACCGACACAUUGACACAGCACAACUCUACGAGAACGAAGAAGCGGUCGGUGAAGCUGUUCGUCAAAGUGGGUUGAAGCGUAGCGAUGUUUUCGUUGCUACCAAGAUUUGGAAGCCGGAAGGGAACGUUGAGAAAACCCUGGAUAGUCUAAGGGCGAGUGUUAAGCGGAUUGGACUGGGAUGGGUUGACCUGUUCUUAAUCCAUACGCCUACAAGUGGCCCAGGCGGCAGGAGGGAGAUGUGGGAGGCUUUGGAGAAAUUGAAGAGUGAAGGGGGGGCAAAGAGUAUUGGGGUGAGCAAUUACGGAGUAAACCAUCUGGAAGAGAUCAAAGGGUACUCGAGGACUACUCCCGCCGUUAAUCAAAUCGAACUUCACCCUUGGCUCCAGCAACGCGAGAUUGUGAACCACUGUUCCAAAGAGGGCAUUGUCGUCGAGGCUUACUCGCCUAUUGUCCGUGCACAGAAGAACGAUGAUCCAGACGUUGUAUCCAUCGCAGAGGCGCAUUCCGUCACGCCGGCACAAGUGCUGAUUCGCUGGUCCCUUCAAAAAGGCUUUGUCCCACUACCGAAGAGUGACAAUCCUGAAAGAAUCAAGUCCAACGCAGACGUGUACGAUUUCGAGCUUUCGGAUGAGGAAAUGGAGAGGUUGAAUGGAAAAGCUUUACCCGGUGGGGAAGGGGCGAUCUGUCCGUACAAUGUCAAUUGUCUGUGAACUAUGUGUGUCUUAAACAGCUAUUUAACGUA